UGACAGCGUCCGCGGCCCACAUCCGGUCUCUGAGGGCUCGGGUCGGGUCGUCGUGGCUGAGGGGCUGAGGACCCUCAGUCUUCUGGGAGGAGUGUGAAGAUGCUAAAGGAGCGUCCAGGGAUGGCAGAAGACCCCCAGCAACAGAUGGGUGUUCCUGUGGUAAAGCUGGAGAAAGAGUUGCCAUGGGCCAGGGGAAGGGAGGACCCUAGUCCUGAGACUUUUCGUCUGAGGUUUCGGCAGUUCCGCUACCAGGAGGCAGCUGGUCCUCAGGAAGCCCUCAGGGAACUCCAGGAACUCUGUCGCCAGUGGCUGAGGCCUGAGCUGCAUACCAAGGAGCAGAUCAUGGAGCUGCUGGUGCUGGAGCAGUUCCUGACCAUCCUGCCACGGGAGUUCUAUGCCUGGAUUCGGGAGCAUGGCUUGGAGAGUGGCAAGGCUCUUGUGGCCAUGGUGGAGGACUUCACAGAGAGAACGUUGGAGGCCAAGGCGGUUCCAUGCCUCGUGCAGGGAGAACAGGAGGAGACAGCACUUUGCAGAGGCCCUUGGGAACCAGGUGUUCACCUGGGGCCAGUGGAGGUCAAGCCUGAGUGGGGGAUGCCCCAUGGGGAAGGAGUUCAAGGCCUAGACCAAGGCACUGAGGAGCAACUCAGUCAAGACCCUGGAGCUGGGACACAAGCCUUCCAGGAGCAGGCUCUGCCAGUUCUUCAGGCUGGUUCUGGCCUCCCUCCAGUGAACACCAGAGACCAAGAGAUGGCAGCUGGGUUCCUUUCAUCUGGACCCCAGGGGUUGGGACCAUUUAAAGAUAUGACUCUGGCCUUCCCUGAGGAGGAAUGGAGACAUGUGACCCCAGCCCAGAUAGACUGUUUUGGGGAAUAUGUGGAACCCCAGGACUGUGGGGUCUCACCUCCAGGCAUUGGGAGCAAGGAAAAGGAGUCUAAAACCCAGCAGGCAGACCUCAAGGGGGCGCUUGCUCGGGUGACGGCAGAGAGGUUUGGGGAAGCCACACUCCAGAGCCCUGAGCUUGGAAGAACCUGUGAGCAGGAGCCCAGUAGCUCUGUGGGAAACAUGCCAGGGCCGCCUCCUCCUCAGCAUGGUGUUAUACCCCUGCCCGAUGACCUCAAGACCCACAGCUCCUUUUGGAAGCCUUUUCAGUGCCCCGAGUGUGGAAAAGGCUUCAGUCGGAGCUCAAAUCUUGUCAGACACCAGCGAACCCAUGAAGAAGAGAAAUCCUAUGGGUGUGUUGAGUGUGGGAAGGGGUUCACCUUAAGAGAGUACCUCAUGAAGCACCAGAGAACCCACCUGGGAAAGAGACCCUAUGUGUGCAGUGAGUGCUGGAAAACGUUCAGUCAGAGGCACCACCUCGAAGUCCACCAGAGGAGUCACACAGGGGAGAAGCCUUACAAGUGUGGUGACUGCUGGAAAAGCUUUAGCCGGAGGCAGCAUCUGCAGGUGCAUCGGAGAACUCACACAGGGGAGAAGCCCUACACUUGUGAGUGCGGCAAGAGCUUCAGCAGGAACGCAAACCUGGCUGUGCACCGGCGAGCCCACACCGGGGAGAAGCCGUAUGGGUGUCAGGUGUGUGGGAAGCGGUUCAGUAAAGGGGAGCGAUUGGUCAGACACCAGAGGAUCCACACUGGGGAGAAGCCCUACCACUGUCCAGCCUGCGGGAGGAGCUUCAACCAGAGGUCUAUCCUCAAUCGGCAUCAGAAAACUCAGCAUCGCCAGGAGACCCUGGCACAGUAAGGAUGCACCUUUUUUACGAAAGGAAGGUGCUGGAAGGUGUAGGACCUUUCAGGAUCGCCAAGUGGAGGGAGAUCCCAUUGGAGGAUGCAUUCGUCUUUCCUCACUGAAGGGCUUUGAGGAGGGAGUGGUAGAGUGAUAGGGUGCAGAAAGGCACUUUGAACCAUUUUCUUUCCAUUUGUUGUCAAACAAAAGCAAGGCAAUGCCUGAUUUAUUUUGAGUUUCCAGAGAGCACAGCUCCUCACGUCUCUUAUCCAAGUGGUGCAAACUGUUUUUUACUGUCUUUUGGGAAAUUAUAUCCUGAACUUCAGUUCAGGUUGAAGUUUUUCUCCUUCAUUGGGAUGUCAUGUACGCCUCUCGAGCAAGUCUGACAAAGUUUUGUCCCAUGUUGGCAAGUUACACCUCAUUGUGAUGAGGGCUUUAUCGACCUGCAAAAUCAUUAGUUCAGACUCUGCCUCUCUUCUUUUCCACUUAACAAGUAUUUAUUGAACAGCUACUGUGUCUGGUGCUGGGAGCACAGUGGUGAAUGAGGCACAUGAGCUGUGAGCCUCCCGGAACUGGUGAUUUAGCAGUGGGAACACACACAGAACCAUUAAUAGCUCCAGACAUUCUAAGUUAUGUUUGUGGUACGUGCUGUUUGAGAGGGUAGUCUUCUGGUGCUCACUCGUUCUGCCCUGCCACUCAGGUGCUGGAUCUUCCCCUCCCUAGUUAGGAUCUUUCAGGCAGCCUUGUUUAUUUUACUUUAUUUUUACCCCCUUUGUCUCUGUAACAGCAUACCCUCAUUUGUAUAGUUUCCCCAUUAUUCCUUGUACUGUAACAACUAUCCACCCAUCCAAUAGGAAAUUAAUAUUUUGCUAUUGAUUACCGAAUAAACAUGAAAGUAUUUUAAAAAGUGUUCAGUUCUAUAUAAAGAUCUAAUUAAAUAAAUCUGAAAGAUGAACUAUUAUUAAUACACUGUAUUUGAUGGCAUUUUAUAGCAUAUAAGAUGCUUUUUUUUCUAUUUUCACUUUAUCAUUCCACACAUAUUUAUUGAGGCCCAACAGUGUGCCAGGAACUCUUAGGUGCUUGCCAUAUAUUAGUAAAUAAAAUGGGGAAAGUCCCUGACCUCGUGGAGCCUACAUUUUAGUGAAUAUAUUUGAUCUUCAGAACCUCCUAAGGUGGAACCCAUGGGUACUCCCAUAAACUCUCUGGACCUGGGAUCUGAGCCUUUGUCCUUGGUCCUUGUCAGUGUCUUGCCUUGAAAUGCAUUCGCCACCUACCUCUUGCUACCGGAUAGUCUCUGUCAAUACAUCUGUCAAUACACAGAUCCUUGUCAUCUGGGAGGCUCUCAGUUGCCAACUGGGACUGAUGAGGUGGUAGUGAUGUGUUUUACAUAAGUGCCGAUUCAGGCAAAAUAGAGAUGUUUGUAGGCAUUUAAAAAUACUUAAUGAGAAGAUACAGUAUUUGUACUGUUUACACUUUCUUAUUUUGCCAUCACUAAAAGGUUUCCUUUCUGUUUAAAAUUCUGUUUAAAAUAUCUGUGUAAUGAGCAUGGACUACAAUGCAGUGUUGUUGUAGUGCUAUGCUUUCAAAUGCUGGAUGCUGGGUGAGUUUGUCUUGUUGACAUGGUACUAUAAUUAUAAGAUGUGAUUUGUUUUGUGGUGCCUUUUAA